UUUAAUUUCCAGCUCAAUGUUGAAAUCUAAACUUUGGAGCCUCUUAACAUGCUCAAUUUAUGGCAUAAUUAAUAUACAGUAUAGAUACCUUAUGUAUAUAUACUGUAUAUUACUUCUGCAAUGAAUACAUGUAGUAACAAAUUAUUGACAAUACUAUAUGAUAAAGAUAACCAGAAACAUAAGCACUGAUGUACACAUGAAUAUGUAAAAAAAAAUCCUCACUUUUUUGGGUGGUAGCCUAUGGGAAUGUGGACUAGUUUAUAUCUGAUGCAGAUCGCGGACUUAUCCGAUGAUGCAAAUUACUUCAUUACACAUAUUACACACGGUUUCGCGGAUGGAUAAUUGGUUGUGUAAUACGCCGCCCACGUUAGUGUUUUAACACACAUGUUUGUAUUGAAGUUUGGGGAAAGCACAUUUGUCACGUUCAAGGGGGAAGUGCAUGUUGUUGUUGUGCCUGUGUUAGAGACACAAGCGGAUUACCGUUGAUAAGGUUUUCGUACAACUGUUUGACAGUCUUUAUAAGAGGCUAUUUAGAAACUUUUGUAGUAAUCAUGGAAAAGAUCUUGAAAUCACUGAAAGAAAAUGGCAUCAAGACUGUCCGAUUUGAACAAUCGCAGACCUACGGAAUUCCUCAUAAUCGAUCUAUCCCGGUCAAACACUUCGAGCAUAUGGCUACCUGUGGAGUCAACAUGUCACUUACCUACAUGGCAUUUGAUCCGAAGGGGGUGCCUAUUCAGAACACCGGCUAUGGCGAAGAGGUCCACUAUGCUGACUGCAAGGCAUUCCCUGACCUAGACACCUUCCAGAUUCUACCAUGGUGUUCCAACACUGCUCGGGUCUUGAUCGAAGGAGAAUACAAUGGGCAGAAGGUACCUGUUUACCCUAGGGUUGUUGCCAAACAACAACUUGAGCGCUUGAAGGAGUUAGAUCUGUCCAUUUGGUCAGCCCAUGAGCACGAAUUUUACCUCGUGAACAAAGAAACUCUGAAGCCAAUGGACUCUGAGACAUUCUGUUUAGCAACAGUUUGCUCGUCGGUCUACGAUUCUUUCUUCCAGCAGGUUAUCACCGAUCUUCCUAAGGCUGGUGUUGACAUCGAGUGUUUCGGGUGUGAAGCCGGAGAAGGACAGUUGGAGAUCACCUACCGUCCAGAGUUUGGGAUCAAGGCUGCCGACACAGCUCAUACCUUCAAACUGGGAAUCAAGGAGAUCGCACUUCAGCACGGAUACAUCGCUUCGUUCAUGUCUAAGCCAUGGCCAGAUCAAUACGGUUCAUCAGCGCACUACUGCCACUCGCUCUGGGAUGCUGAUGGUAAGAUUCCGAAACUCUACGAUGCCUCUAGCCCUACUGGUUUGUCGGAGAUUGGACAGUACUGGGUGGCUGGACUCAUUGAGCACGCCAGAGCUAUCACCGUCUUCAUGGCACCCACCACAAACUGCCUCAAGAGAUUGAGACGCAAUUCCAUGGCUCCCUGGAACGUCACUUGGGGUCCUGACAACCGAACCUGCGCCAUCAGGGUCAAGGAACAAGGAGAAAAAGGCACCUACAUCGAGAAUCGGAUAGGAGCAAGCGCAUGUAAUCCGUACGUCAGUAUGGCCGCAACCAUUGCUGCAGGAUUAGAUGGUAUCAUCAAGAAACUCCCGCUUCCAGAAGGCAUUGAUGGUGAAGGAGAUGCGUAUAAUGACGAGCAUGUUCCAGAAGGAACUCAGAAGCUACCUGAGACCAUGGAAGAGGCAGUGGAAGCUUUGCUGGAAGACAAAGUCAUCAUUGAAGCACUCGGCCCUGAGUUCAUCAAAUGCUUUGUGGCAGCAAAGAGACACGAUAUUAAGUUGGAAAAGGAGGCAAUAGCCAAAGGACAAUGCGGAGAGUGGGAGAGGAAAUAUCUAUUUUAUAUGAUGUAAACAUGUACAAUUGCCGUUCUAUGUUUCAAUAACAAUUUAUUGACUGUGCUUUUGUUAAAAUUGUAAGCCAGCCAUCAGUGAAACAUAAACUCCAAUUUGCUCUAUACAUAAGAUUUCAUAAACUUUCAUUUUCUCAGUUACUGUUGGCGGAAAAGAUUUGUUUCAUACAGUGGUUGUAUAAAAACAUAUUUGCCAUAAUCAAAUUUAGGGUGAAUGUAUGAUUUACGAUGAUUUAACGAAUACUGAGUUUGAACGCAGGCUAUGCU